AUGGCGACCAAGGCGGCGUUUAAAAGACUCACUCGCGAGUACCAAAACAUCCAGAAGAACCCCCCGCCGUUUAUCAUCGCGCAUCCGUCGGAAUCGAACAUCCUAGAGUGGCAUUACAUCCUCACGGGCCCUCCUGGAACGCCGUAUGAAAAUGGACAAUACUGGGGUACCCUGAUGUUUCCUCCGGAAUACCCAUUUGCGCCCCCGGCAAUCCGCAUGCAUACUCCUAGUGGGCGUUUCCAGCCCUCGACUCGACUCUGUCUCAGUAUUAGCGACUUUCAUCCGAAAUCCUUCAACCCCGCAUGGGAGGUCUCGACCAUCCUGAUUGGACUGCUCUCGUUUAUGACCAGCGAAGAAAUGACAACCGGGAGCGUGAGUGCCUCGGAGGCCGAACGGAGAGUGUUGGCGGCACGGUCGCGAUGGUGGAACUCCACUGGCGGUGGCUCCCACGUCUCGUCGACCCCAGGAGUGACACCCACGGCCAAGGGAAUCAACAACGUUAAAGCUGGUGACGGGGGGCUGAAAUUCCGUACCGAGUGGCCUGAGCUGGACGAGGAGAACUGGAAAUGGAUGAAAGAUAACCGCAUUGAUACGACCACCGGGCAAUUAAUCCCUGAUCCGAAUGCCGCCGCCACCAAAUGCUCGCCCGAGACGAAUGCUCUCCGCCGACGUCCCAACGGCAGCGCGCCAGGAAUCGGAGCCGUCGUGGAGGGUGGCCAGGUCGCCAGAGAGGCCGGACAGAGCUGGGUUCUGCGCAAUGGACUUUGGAUUGGCCUUGCGAUCGUCUUUGGGUAUGCGCUUGUGACGAGAUUGGUCCAUGAUGUCCAGGUUUAA